UUUUUUUUUAACGCCAGUUAAAACAGGCAUGAGAAUCUCUUUGCAAAGGGAGAUGUCAUGUAAACAGUGAACAAUGUCCCGUGUCAAGAUGGAGAACUUCCAAGCACUUGACCCUAGGAAACAAGAACUACUGGAAGCAAGGUUUCUGGGAAGUCGCAUGAAUUUUUUGCAACGAGAGAUGAUGUCGACGGUGAACAGUAGCAACAGUCAAUUUUCGCAGCCACAGAUGCUGUUAAACUCAAACUAUGGCAUUGUUAACAAUGCUGGUAGCACCAAUAACAACGCGGUGCUGGGAUCCUCUGGCAGUGGGAGUCAUUCCAUGCACAAUGAUAGUUCCAAUCUCAGUGGAGGCUCAUCCUUGAGUGACAAAGAGGGGGAAGGCAGUAGUCCCGAGAAAGCUCUGGUCAAGACACCGUCGGAUAGAAAGAGGAGACGGAAGGACACCGAUAGUUCUUCUGCGUCCAAGCUCCCUAGAGAUGUGAGAAAAAUCAAUGACUACUUCAAGCAGCAGCAACAGCAGCAGCCCCAGGUUCCUUCCAUGACCGCUUCUCCCAACCGUCAAUCUGCUAACAAAAGUCCUUCUCCUCAAGCCCUUCAAUUGUUACCACCUAGCCCUCAGGGAAUGCUGAAUUGCUCCCCACAUUCUAUGGAUGGCAAUUACAUUGCUCAAACCCCUUCUCCAACACUGAUUGACCAAACUGUGCAGACAGACUUGACGGUGCAGAUGAUGGAAGACAGAGAAAGUCAGCAGACGUCCAGUUUUGAGCAGCAGAAGAUUACAAUAGAUGAAUUGAAGAGGUCCAGUGAAGAGCUUGAGCAGAAGUUGAGUUCAUCCCAGUCUGCCAUCAAGCAAUAUGAGCAGCAAGUAGCCAAAUGCAUAACAGAAGUGAAGCGGCUUCUUGUGGAGAAGUCCAGCAUUGAGAAGAAAGAGGCAAGGACAAGGUGCAUGCAGAACAGGCUUCGUUUAGGCCAGUUCUUCACUCAGCGUGUUGGAGCCACCUUUCAAGAGAAUUGGCAGGAUGGAUAUGCUUUUCAAGAGCUUACCAAGAAGCAAGAGGCAAUCUCGGCAGCACGAGAAGACAUUGACAGGCAGCGGAAGCUUCUGAUGAAAAAGAAGCCCCAGUCAGAAGAGAAGAGCCAUCGAGGGAGGAAAUCGGCUGGUCCGUCAACUCCAACCAACCCUGGGCCUUCGAAUCCUGCAGCCAUGUUUGGUCAGAACCAAAAUUCAGCUGAUGGAUUCCUGAAGCCUGAAAAUCCACGUGAUAAAGAUGCCACAGCUCUUACCUCUCAAGAGUAUUAUGAGAAGGAGGAAAUCCUAAAAUUGAGAAUGAAUGCAUUGAAAAAGGAGGAUUCAGAUCUCCAGCUUGAGAUGGAGAAGUUGGAGAGGGAGAGGAAUCUCCAUAUCAGGGAGCUCAAAAGAAUUGCCAAUGAGGAUCAGUCUAGGUUCAAUAGCCAUCCUGUGCUGAAUGAGCGAUACCUUCUUUUAAUGUUGCUUGGGAAAGGAGGAUUUUCUGAGGUGCACAAAGCGUUUGACUUGAAGGAGCAACGGUAUGUUGCUUGCAAAAUUCAUGAACUCAACAAGGAUUGGAAAGAUGACAAGAAGGCUAAUUAUAUCAGGUAAGCC